UAAUAAGGUACACACCCACAUCCUCGCCGACCUCAGCCCCCUACUUGGCCAGAAAAGACCGUACAUAUUGUAUCACUAUAUAUAUAUACACACAUCUUUAUUAGAUACUCAUAUACAUAUAAUUGCAAAUUAGCUUUAUUCACAUAUUGUUCAUCACAAGAUAGAUGCCAAAAUGUCAAGCUCUGUUCUUGUAAAAGAAGCAGUUUUAAUCACCCCUUCAGAGCCGACCCCAAUACAAAUUCUCCCACUUUCCGCUUUGGAUUCUCAGCUAUUUUUGCGCUUCACCAUCGAAUAUUUGCUUGUUUACAAGCCCUCACGCCAUGUGUUAGAUAAAUCGGCUACAGUCAACCGCAUCAAGGCAGCACUCGGUCGAGCCCUGAUCCCAUACUACCCGUUAGCAGGGAGAGUCCGGGCUCGAACCAACGGCUCAGGGCUGGAGGUGGUGUGUCGAGCCCAGGGUGCGACUUUCUUACAAGCCGCAUCCGAUCUCACUUCGAAAGAAUUCGAAGGAGCACCCCGCCACAAAACACAGUGGCGGAAGCUAUUGUCGUUACAAGUGGCGGACGUCCUUAAUGGGGCCCCACCAUUAGUCGUCCAGCUGACGUGGCUAUCCGAUGGAUCCGCCACGUUAGGGGUCGGGUUCAAUCAUUGUAUAUGUGAUGGAAUUGGUAGUGCUCAGUUUCUCAACUUGCUCGCUGAGUUAGCUACUACCUGUAAUACGCAAAAAUUCACGGCUCAACCAAUAUGGGAUCGUUUUCUCAUGGAUCCAAAACCAUAUACUAAGCUUUACCAACAAAAAACCACAAUAAAUCAUCCAGAGUUUAAGAAAGUUCCCGAUGUUUGUGGCUUUGUUUCAAGAUUCUCUCAAGAAAGACUAGCACCCACUUCAGUUACAUUCGACAAAAGAAGAGUAAACGAAUUGAAGAAACUGACAUACAGCCAGUCCUUAUACACUUCAUUUGAAGUCCUCUCAGCUCAUAUAUGGAAGAGUUGGGCUACAUCAUUAAAGUUACCACCCAACCAAACACUAAAGCUACUGUUCACCGUUAACAUACGUAACCGAGUGAAACCUAGUUUGCCAAGUGGUUACUACGGCAACGGAUUCGUCCUAGGAUGUGCUCAAGCUUCUGCUAAAGACUUAGUGGAAAGAGGGUUAGGUUAUGCAAGUGGAUUAAUAAAAAGAGCAAAGGAGAGAGUUGACGAUGAGUACGUGAGACAAGUGGUGGAAUCGGUGAGUUCGAGUGGAACGAGCCCAGACUCAGUGGGUGUGUUGAUAAUGUCACAAUGGUCAAGACUGGGAUUAGAGAAAGUUGACAUAGGAAUGGGGAGGCCAGUUGAGGUAGGACCAGUUUGUUGUGAUAGGUACUGUAUAUUAUUGCCAGUGUAUGAUCAGAAGGAUUCUGUGAAGGUAAAUGUUGCUGUCCCUGCAAGCGCUGUUGAUAAAUAUUUGUAUCUUUUAAAAAGCAUAGGUACCUGACAAAUUUGACAGACGAUAUAUGAAAAUUUCAGAUGAAAUUUCACGACUUUCACACUCCAAGCUCUUUAAUGAGGAGUAGUACCUCUUUUUUGUUUUCGGAUUUAAUGAGGAGUACUAACAUAUGUUGACUUUAUGUGUACAUCCAAGGAGGGAAAAAAAAAAGCAGUAAAAUAUGAAACUGUUGACUGUUGAAAUUCUUUUGCUCUGUAUAUUUGAAUCUUAUAUUUAGGCAA